AUGGGUGGACGCUACUUUGGGCUUCGUGGGACGAAGCUCAACAUUGCGAUUGGAGUAAUCGCAGGGCUGGACUUCUUGGGUGUUAUGGGGGGCCUUUUGACCCUGCCGUCAUUUGCGAAAACGUUCCCAGAGAUCGAUACCACCGAGGAGGGCCAAAGAGGUCUUAAUCAAAGCCAAAGGGAUCAUAGGGCUACAAUCCAAGGUGAUUAUCAUCCACUACGUCGAAACUCAGUGCCGAAAAUGUAUCACCUAACAGUCGAUCCAGGAAUCUCCGUCGCCUCCUAUAACGUUGGAUGUUUCUUAGGAGCCAUUGCCUGCAUUUGGAUUGGAGAUAUUCUUGGACGGCGCAAGACGAUCUUCCUCGGGUCCACUAUCAUGGUGGUUGGUGCAGUAUUGCAGUGCUCUGCUUUUGAGCUCUCUCAUUUCAUCGUUGGCCGUAUCGUGACGGGUAUCGGGAACGGACUAAAUACCUCGACGGUUCCAACGUGGCAGUCAGAAUGCUCCAAGUCCCAUCGCCGCGGUCAAUUGGUCAUGAUUGAAGGCGCCUUGAUCACUGGCGGUAUUUGCCUCAGCUAUUGGCUGGACUUUGGGUUUUCCUUCCUUGAACCCAGCACCGUUUCAUGGAGAUUCCCAAUUGCGUUCCAAAUCAUUUUUGCUUUGAUUAUCAUGGGAUCUGUCCUGGGUUUGCCGGAGUCACCCAGAUGGUUGGUACUGAAGGGCAGGGAGGACGAAGCGAUAAAUGUCCUGGCCGCCCUAGGUGACCUUCCACCUGAUGAUCCAUUUAUCCACACUGAAUUCACUGCAAUCAAAGACACUGUCCUCGAGUUGGCUGAGGUUGGAUUUAAGGAUCUUUUCCUCCGCAACAAAGACCGCCAUUUGCACCGCGUCGUUCUGGCCUACGUCAAUCAGAUGUUCCAGCAAAUUUCUGGUAUCAAUCUUAUUACGUACUAUGCUGCUACUAUCUACGAAGGCAGUAUCGGUCUUAGCGGGUUCCUCUCGCGUAUCCUGGCCGCUUGUAACGGAACAGAGUAUUUCAUUGCUUCGUGGAUUCCGGUUUUCAUUGUGGAAAGAGUUGGUCGACGUCCACUCAUGCUUUUUGGUGCCGUCGGAAUGUCCCUUUCCAUGGCCGUUUUAGCCAUCGCCACCAGUUUCGUGCAUCAGACGAAACCUGGCAUUGUUGCGGCUGUGUUCUUGUUCGUUUUUAACACUUUCUUCGCUAUCGGUUGGUUGGGAAUGACAUGGUUAUAUCCUGCAGAGAUUGUGCCACUCCGGAUUCGUGCCCCUGCGAAUGCCCUUGCCACUUCGGCCAACUGGGCUUUCAACUUCAUGGUCGUCAUGAUCACUCCGGUUUCUUUCAGCUCUAUUGGAUAUAAAACCUACAUCAUUUUCGCUGUCAUCAACGCCUUCAUCGUCCCGGUUGUCUACUUCUUCUACCCUGAAACCGCCUACCGCUCUCUGGAGGAGAUGGAUACCAUCUUCCGCAACACAGACUCCAUCUUCUCCGUUGUCCGUGUUGCCCAAGAGACACCCCGCCGCUAUGGCAAGAACGGCGAGGUACUUAUCAGCUAUGACGAAACGGAAGAACAUCACGUACGGGCUGCGAGUGUCGGGGAAGAGAAAUCAGCGGCGUUGGCAUACAACAAGCAUCACGCUAACCAGGACUAUCAUAUGGAGAAUGGGAGUUCCAACUCUUGA